ACCCCAAAGGAGGAGCUGUUAUUUUGGGCAUAGGGACCCGCUCAUUUAGUAAUACUCUGUUGGGUUGAUUUCAGAGAGAGAAACAGGGAUAUUUCGAGAGAGAGAGAGAGAGAGAGAGAGAGAGAGAGAGCAUAUCAGUAUCUUCCUUUGGUCAUAAGGGUUUUGAAAUGAGUUUUCAAAUGAAGGUGGAUACUUUUUAGAGCUUUUCACAGUUUGACAAGAAACCCCAGAAUCAGUUGCUUGUGAAGCAAAAUUUUCUCUCUACCAAUGCAAGAUAGAGAGAAAACCAAGAAAAUUUCAGAGCUUCUGGGGAUUUGGAUUUUUGUACUCUAGGCUUUUUCUUCACCUAUAUAUACAUUUAUACAUAUAUAUAUAUAUAUAUAUAAAAUACACAUCUCCCAUCAGUUUGUGCAUGUACAUCUUGUGCUGUGAGUUGUGACUGAUUUCAAAUCUCUCUCUCUCUCUCUCUCUCUCUCUCUCUCUCUCUCUCUCUCUCUCCUCUAAUCAUACUCACCAUAAUCACAGUAAUCAUAUGUGGGUUGAAGCAAUGAGGAAAGUUUAUUGGUUUGUGAUAGCUCUGCAAGUAUUGAGUUGGGUUUCUGCAGCAAGCAGGCCUUUUCCUCCAAAUGCAGGUCUUGGUGUUCAUCAAACAGGCAAAAGCCCAGAGUCUUUGCAAGCUACCCUACAAGAGGGUUCAAAGAGCAUCCAUGGAGGAGUGGGAAAGAUGAAUGCAAUAGCAAACUACAGAGAAAUCAGCAAAAUAGGGUCAAGCCCUCCAAGCUGUGACCAUAAGUGUUAUCGGUGCACUCCAUGUGAAGCCAUUCAAGUGCCCACUUCCAAAAUGCAAACCUCCCAUGUGAGGGUGCAGUAUGCAAACUACGAGCCUGUGGGUUGGAAAUGCAAGUGUGGCCCAACUUAUUACACCCCUUGAAGGCUUGAACACAAAUCCCAAUCCUAUCUACUCAACUCAAUUCAUCCUAUUCAUCCAUUGUACAAAUAUCAAUUUUAACGUGCAUUGAUCUUUGCUUCUUUCUAAUUAUAAUAGUACAAUGCGAGACGUAAUGAGUUUUUACCAUAACUCUUUAAGGGUAUUCACCU